GUGUGUGCGUGAGGGUCUGCUUGUGACUUGAUUUUUUUUCAACUCGACAAAUUUUCACAUUUGUUGAUUAAAGUUUUCGUUCAUACAUAAUAACUGCAUUUCUCACCUGCUCUCAUAAGUUGGUUAAUUGUAGGGACCACAUAAAUACCAACCAUGUUUAGCCACGGAAAACAACUUUUGGCGUUGGCCUUGCCUGCUCAACCAACAUCUCAACGUGGUAUGGCAACACUAAAAUCGAUUUCCAUUCGUUUGAAGUCGGUCAAGAACAUCCAGAAAAUUACACAAUCCAUGAAGAUGGUGUCCGCAGCCAAGUACAAUCGUGCUGAGAGAGAUCUUAAGCAAGCAAGACCACUUGGACAAGGUGCUAAGGUUUUCUACGAGCAGGCAGAAAUUGCUGCUUCUGAAACAGAGCCAAAGAAACUCAUGAUUGCUGUUACAAGUGAUCGUGGUCUUUGUGGUGCUGUGCACACUGGAGUUUCAAGAAACAUCCGUGAUGCACUUUUGGCUAAUCCAGCUGAACUAGAAAAUACCAAAAUUGUGUGCAUUGGUGAAAAAUCUCGUGCAAUUCUGUCACGUUUGUUUGGAAAAAAUAUUUUGUUUGUUGCAUCUGAGGUUGGUCGCAAACCCCCUACAUUCAAUGAUGCUGCCAAGAUUGCCAUUGAAGUCAUGAACAGCGGAUACUCUUAUGGAUCUGGCAAAAUCAUUUUCAAUAGAUUUAAAUCUGUUGUGUCAUACAAAAUUGAUAAUUUACCUUUGUAUGACAAAUCUGCCGUCACAACUGCACCAAAGUUGUCAGUUUACGAUUCAUUGGAUGAUGAAGUUAUUCAAAGCUACCUAGAGUUUUCUCUUGCAUCAAUGUUAUUCUAUUCAAUGAAAGAAGGUGCAUGCAGUGAACAGUCCAGCAGAAUGACUGCUAUGGACAAUGCCAGCAAGAACGCUGGAGAGAUGAUUGAUAAACUCACAUUAACCUUCAAUCGUACUCGACAAGCUGUCAUCACCAGAGAACUUAUUGAAAUUAUUUCUGGUGCUGCUGCUCUGCAAUAAACAGUUCAUUCGAGAUUUAAUUAGAAUUUCGAUAUUAGAAUGGCAUUAAACCAAUAAAAAUGAAAACAUCAAAGCAGAUUAGUUAUCUUCAAGAAAAAUUAUAUUUUUCUUGAGGUGUCAUGAAAUUCAAAAAAUGUUGUAGAUUCUGUAAACUUAUCAAAUGCUGUUUACCGAUCUGUUUCUUUUAUGUAUUUUCAAGCUGCGGCAAGUAAUAAAUCGAAAUAUAUGUUGAAAUAUGUGAAAAAUA